CUUCUUCUUCUUCUUUAUCCUGAUUCACUAUGGUUAAAAGAAAAAACGACACUGAGACAACUAAUGAAGGGAUCACCAUGCCUACUGAAGAAGUAAGCUUCCCUCGUGGUGGUGCUAGUGUUUUGACUCCUCUUGAACAUCGUGAGAUCGCAAACAAGGCUGCAAAGGAUAUAUUCUCUACAAAAAAUUCUAGUGAAGACAAUGGACCCGUGGCAAAGAAACGCAAAGCAACAAAGAAAAAAACCAAAGAUACUGACGAAAAAACCAACACUGAAAAACGACCUACCAUUGAAGAUUUUAGUUUCAAAAAACUAUCUGUAGGCAGCACUGUUCUUGGUUGCAUUACUCAUAUCAAUGAACUCAAUGUCCUUGUCAGUCUUCCCAAUCAAUUGACUGGUUCAGUUGCCAUCACCGAAGUUUCCGAUAUUUUGACAAAUUUGGUAGAAAUUGCUGCCGAAGCUGAAGACGAAGAAGUAGAACUGCCUGAAACAAAGGAUAUCUUUUAUAUUGGUCAAUGGGUACAAUGUGCUGUGAUCGCUGCAGAGGAAGUGAAUGGUAGAAAACGUAUCGAACUUUCCUUGAAACCCUCUAUAGUCAAUGGAUCUAUUGUCAAAGUGGAUGUAACUUCUGGACUUAUUAUCGGUGCUUCUGUGGAAAGUGUAGAGGAUCAUGGAUACAUUAUGUCUGUGGGUAUCAAUGGAUUAGCUGGUUUCUGUCAUCAUGAUGAUGCCAAAUCUUAUAUUGACAAAUACAACCGUGGAGAUCAACUUGUUCCUGGUCAAUAUAUUGAAUGUCUUGUCAAGGAUGUAGCAAAGAAUAAACGUACUGUCAAUUUGACUUUGGAUCGUAAAGCUAUCUCCUCUGCUCGACUUGAAUCACCUUACUCAAAAAUGGCUUCUAUCACUGCUGGUCAACGUUUGAAUGGUUUGGUGGAAUAUUCUGGUAAUCGUGGAUUAAAGGUGAAAUUUAUGGGUCUUUAUGAAGCACAUAUUGGUCUCUCUUAUUUACCAUUCACUAAUGAUGUGGAGGAAACUUACCGUGUCGGCUCUACUGUAUCAUUCCGUAUUUUGUUUUCUGAUAUGGUGACUGAACAAAGAUUGAUUAUCGGUUCCUUAUUACCUCAUGUUGUCAAACUUGAUUCUGGUGAUGAUGAAUCCUUAUCUGAAUUACAUCCUUAUGGUUCCUUCUUUGAAAAGGUCACUGUGGUUCGCGUCACUUCAAUUGGUGUAUUGGUUACUAUUGAUGGUUUGGAUGACAUUAUGGGUUUUAUUCACAUUUCUCAACUAUCUGAUGAACGGAUUGUCAAACUCUCACACAAAUCUGGUGACUUCAUUGUUGGAUCAACUCAUCGUGCACGGGUAUUAUCUUACAGUCCUGUUGAUGGUGUCUUCUCUUUGACUACCAAACCAAGUAUUUUGAACAACAAGUAUUUCCAACAUUCGGAUGUGACCAUUGGUGAAAUCCUAGAUGUGACUGUAAGCAAGAUGAUCUCCAAGGGAUUAGUGGUGAAUCUUUCCUCUUCCAUUUCCGGCUUUGUUCCAUUGCAUCAUUUGGCUGAUGUUAAACUUUCAAGACCUGAAAUGACUUUCAAGCCUGGUAACAAAGUCCGUGCUCGUGUUACCUCUGUCAAUCAAGAACAAGGAAAGGUCUCUCUUACUUUGAAAAAGUCCUUAAUCAACUCUGAAUUACCUUUAAUCAAAUCAUUACAAGAAGUCGAACCCAAAAUGGCAUCUCAUGGUGUCAUUAUCAGCGUUAAACCAAAUGGUUGUGUUAUUGGUUUCUACAACUCCGUUACCGCGUUCUGUCCUAGUUCCGAAAUGACUGAAGCUAAAGGUGUCAAUUUGGUCGAUACUUUCCAUCCUGGUCAAACUGUCAAGGCCUAUGUAUUAAAAGUACAACCUGAAUCCAAUAAUCUACUUGUGUCUUUGAUUCGUGAUACUAUGCUUACUGAUGCUGAACGUCAAGCCAAGAAGGAUAAAAAGAACAACAAGACAACUGACGAUAAGCCUGUAGAAGUGUACAAACCUGGCUCCAUUGUAGAUAAUGUCGAAGUGACUGAUGUCAAACAUUUACAGCUCACGCUCAAGUUACCUAAUGGCGUUAUCGGUCGUGUCCAUGCUACUGAAGUUUAUGACAAGUUUGAAGACAUCCCUGUGGAAGAACGUCAACAUGCAUUGCUCGCAUUCAAAGGAAAAACUCUCAAGGUAAAAAUCCUCGAUUUACACAAUCUCAAGAAACGAUCCUUCCUCGUCAUCACCCAUCAUCAUAAAACAGCUGAUGCCUACGAAUGUUCGCUCAAACUGGACAACAACAACAAAUCUCAAACCAAACGUAUUCAAAUUGGGGAUCAACUGUUAGGUUUUAUUUCUGAUAUCAAGGCUGAUCAUCUAGUCGUUGCUGUUGAUAUGCACACUAAUGGUAUGAUACGCAAACAACACAUUUCUUCUGAUGUCGCCAUUGCCAAUCAUCCUGGUAAACAUUAUGUUGUGGGUCAAGCUGUCAAGGUAUCUGUGCUUUCUGUCAACUUGAAGAAAAAGAAAUUGGAUCUAGUGAUGGUGGAUGAUAAUAGUGGUAAUGUACCUACGGCUGUGACAGAUAUUCAGUCUUUGCAAGUCGGUCAAGUGUUGAAUGGAUUGGUACAAAAAGCGGACGCUAAGGGUGGAUUAUUUGUGCAACUGGCCAAUGGUGUUACUGGCAAAGUACAUCCUACUGAUAUUGACGACACAUUUAUCGAACAUCCAGCUAAGAGUCAUAAAACAAACAAGGUAGUUAAAUGUAAAGUCUUGGAAGUGGAUGCCACACGAAAGCGUAUCGAUUUAUCACUUCGACCAUCAUGUAUCAAUGGAAAUGACAAGCAAAUCAAGACAUUUAACGAUAUUCAUCGUGGUGAUGUGCUCAAGGCCUAUGUGGAAAAUAUUACAUCUGCUGGUGUAUUUAUUGCUUAUAGCCGUCAUAUUCAUGCUCGUGUCAAGAUUGCUCAAUUAUCGGAUGAUUUUGUCAAGGAUUGGAUGUCCAUUUAUACCAUUGGCCAACUGGUAGAAUCCAAGGUAUUGUUUGUGGAUGCUGAUUUGAAACGUGUGGAAGCUACCUUGAAAAAAAGUCUGAUCAGUGGUAGUCAAACUGCUCCCAAGAAGACGGAUGAAGAACAAAUUCCUGAUGUAGACGAAGACGAGGAAAGUGAAGAUGAACCCAUGGAAGGACAUGAAGAAAGCUCAUCAGAAGAUGAACAAGAUGAAGAUAUAGUCAUGAAUGAUAGUGAUGUGGACAUGGAAGAAGCAUCUGAUGAUGAUGAUGAUGGUUCAGAAGAAGAACAACAACAAGAAGAAGAUGACGAUGAUAAGGAAAAGGUACCAGCUUUAUCUGUUGGAAGUGGAUUCGAUUGGUCUGGACAAACGGCUAUCUUACAAAGCAAGGAUGAAGAAGAUAACAGUGACUCGGAAGAUGACUCUGAUAAUGAUGAAAAAAAGAAGAAGAUCAACAAGAAGAAACAAGUAGAAGACAAAACAGCUGAACUCAACUCGGCAGCACCUCAAUCGAUCGGUGAUUUUGAACGACUUGUUGUAGGAUCACCCAAUUCAUCCUACUUGUGGAUUAAUUAUAUGGCUUAUCAAUUACAAUUAUCUGAAAUUGGCAAGGCUCGUGCGAUUGGUGAACGUGCUCUCAAGACCAUCAAUUUCCGUGAAGAACAAGAAAAAAUGAAUGUGUGGGUGGCCUUGAUGAAUUUGGAAAAUCAAUUUGGUACUGAUGCUACAUUGGAACAAGUAUUUAAACGUGCUUUGACUUUUUGUGAUCCUGAAAAGGUAUAUCUUCAAUUGAUCAAGAUUUAUGAACGUAGUGAAAAAUUCAAUAAAGCUGAAGAUUUAUGGAAAGAAGCUACCAAGAAAUUCGGUCAAUCUACUAAAGUUUGGACAAUGUUUGGUCUUUAUUAUUUACAACAAGGCAAUGUUGAAGGAGCUCGUGAAUUAUUACAAAAAAGUUUGAAAUCAUUACCGAAACAUAAACAUAUUGAAACCAUUGUCAAAUUUGCUCAAAUGGAAUUCAAACAUGGUGAAGCUGAACGUGGUCGUACUAUUAUGGAAGGUGUGAUGAAUAACUCACCGAAACGUGUAGAUCUAUGGAAUGUUUAUUUGGAUAUGGAAAUCAAACAAGGAGAUCAUGAUAUGAUACAGCGAUUAUUUGAACGAGUGACAUCCAUGAAAUUCUCAUCCAAGAAAAUGAAAUUCUUAUUCAAGAAAUGGUUACAAUUUGAAAAGGAUCAUGGAUCAGCCGAUGGUGUGGAACAUGUUAAGGAACGAACUUUGGCUUAUGUUGAAAGCAUUAGCUCUUAAUCUUUUUAUUAUUAUAUACAAAUCAUACACUUUUCAUUAUUAUUGUUUUUUAGAUAUCUUGUUUUUAUUUCUCAUUCAUUUUUUUUUUUUUUUU